AACUUCAGUCGCAUACAGGCUGAUCUCAGCGACCCAGCUUCUGUCUCUAAUGCCAUCAUCCAUUCUGGCGCGAAGGCUGUCUACCUCUACCUCAUCGACGGGAGCACCGAUUUCAGCAGGGCGUCACUCCAAGCCAUGCGCGAUUCUGGUGUAGAACACGUCGUCUUCUUAUCGAGCUACACCAUCAGAAGCGAGGGGAAGGUCUUGCGAGCCAUCACCCCCGACAACAACCAAUGGAUCCCGUACGCUCAUGCUCAGGUCGAGAUCAACAUCGAGGACAUUGGGUUUCCUUACUUCACUGCAUUGCGACCUGCCUUCUUCGCUAGCAACUCGUUCAACCAUUAUUUCGACAGUUCAGUCACACCGCCUAGGGCGACCAUCAUAUUCGAGGACGCCAUCUUCGAUAACAUUGCACCGGAAGACAUUGGCGCUGUUGGUGGUGCCGUGUUGGUGGAGCGUCCCUCUGAUGGCAAAGAGACGAUAUACUUGUGCGGACCGGAACUCCGGACUGUUAAGGAGAAUUGGGAGACUAUCAUGGCGUUCACAGGACGAACGGACAUUGACAUGACUCCGAUUUCUCCUGCGAAAUUCCUACAAGCUCUGGAUGCGACAGGCCUGCCAAGUUCACUGGCGAACGGCCUACUAGGGACGCUGGAGGAGAUGAGGAACGGAUUCCAAGAACCAGAAUACCAGAUUGGGGUUGCGAAUGUUGAAAAGUAUACUGGAAGAAAGGCAACCAAGUUUGUUGACUACCUUGAGGCUCAUAAGGCUCAGUGGCAGAUCUGA